UCCUAAUUUCGUUGGAUAUUUACAUUAAUUUUCUUUUUGGGUCAAUCAUAAUGACAUUGGUUGGUGUCAUUUCUUUUUUUACUAUUUAAAUCCACCAAACAAAGCCAUUUUUUCAUCCCCUCUCUCUCUCUCUGUUCCUCCUCUUAGUUUCUCUUUGUCUCUGUUCUUACCAAAGUAGGCAGCAGCAGCAGCCGGCAUGUCUCUCCUCAAUGAUCUCAUCAACCUCAACCUCAGUGAGACCACUGAAAAGAUCAUAGCUGAAUAUAUAUGGAUUGGUGGAUCUGGUAUGGAUUUGAGGAGCAAAGCAAGGACUCUGCCUGGACCAGUGACGGACCCUGCAAAACUCCCCAAAUGGAAUUACGAUGGCUCCAGCACGGACCAAGCACCCGGAGAUGACAGUGAAGUCAUUCUAUACCCUCAAGCGAUAUUCAAGGAUCCCUUUCGAAGAGGCAACAACAUCCUGGUAAUGUGCGAUGCUUACACACCAGGCGGCGACCCCAUUCCCACCAACAAGAGAUACAAUGCUGCCAAGAUCUUCAGCCACCCUCACGUGGUUUCUGAGGAGCCAUGGUAUGGAAUUGAGCAAGAGUACACUCUUCUUCAAAAGGAUUCCAGGUGGCCCCUUGGAUGGCCGCUUGGAGGGUUUCCCGGACCACAGGGUCCCUACUACUGUGGAGUAGGGGCUGAUAAGUCCUUUGGCAGGGACAUUGUGGACGCCCAUUACAAGGCUUGCCUUUAUGCCGGCGUAAACAUCAGUGGAAUCAACGGUGAAGUUAUGCCUGGUCAAUGGGAGUUCCAAGUUGGUCCUGCCGUUGGAAUAUCUGCAGGAGAUGAAUUAUGGAUUGCUCGAUACAUACUCGAGCGAAUCACUGAAAUCGCAGGAGUUGUUCUCUCUUUCGAUCCCAAACCCAUUCCGGGUGACUGGAAUGGUGCUGGUGCCCACACUAACUACAGCACAAAGUCCAUGAGGGCUGAUGGCGGCAUCCAUGUUAUCAAGAAAGCGAUUGAGAAGUUGGGUUUGCGCCACAAGGACCACAUUGCUGCCUAUGGAGAGGGCAAUGAGAGACGCUUAACCGGUCGCCAUGAGACUGCAAAUAUCAAUACAUUCGUAUGGGGUGUUGCUAACAGGGGAGCCUCCAUCCGUGUUGGCCGUGACACUGAGAAGGCUGCAAAAGGAUACUUCGAAGACAGAAGGCCGGCAUCCAACAUGGAUCCUUACGUUGUGACAUCAAUGAUUGCUGAAACCACCAUUCUGUGGAAGCCUUAGAGGUGGAAAGUGGAGCUAUGAAGGAUUGGAAGGAAAAACCUACAUCAGAUUAAAUAUAUUUAAUAACCUACUCAUCUUCUUUGGUGGGCGAGUGGGUGAACUUGUGUUUUGUUUCUUUGAAUUGCUGGGUUGCCAUUUAAACUGUGUUGUUUUUUUCCUUUUAGUUAUAAUCGUUAUUUGCUUAUGCUGAUUGUUCAGUCAGUUAAAUGAGUUUUCCGUCAGUUAAAUAAAAAGGUAGUUGAUUCAAAUUA